AAUAUAACCUUCAAUUUUAAAUAAUACGCAUAUAAAAACAUUGAUUUGUAAUUUAAAUUUAUAUUAACUAGUGUUUAUUAACGUAUAACUUCUAGUUUAUGCAUACAAUCAUUAGAAAAUAUUCUUAGUGGGUGUAUUUUAAUUCUGCACAAUAAUUGUGGCUCCCUCAACGGCAGCCUUUAGAAAUAACUAGUUCAGCAAAGAAAAAAGUGAAAACACAGGGUCGGGAACGGGGGAAACAAACAGGAGUGCUGGAGGCUAGAUAAUCCGCUAGAUCCGUAACUAGUGAGUUAAGAAAUAUUCGCGAAGCUUCAUACAAGUGGUGAUGUGGUAAAACGCCUUUAAAAUGGCCCAGAGUUCAACGAGUGGGACGUCGUCAAGGCGACAUGCUAGGGAGCAUGAUACAGCCUCCCUUGCAUCGUCCCGAUUCCCGGACGCAGAAUGGGAAGCCACCGAGACAAUGCGAAAACGCGAAUUAGAAGAAGCGCGUGCUCGGGCGGCACAAAUGGAGAAAACAAUGCGUUGGUGGUCAGACUGCACAGCCAACUGGAGAGAUAAAUGGAGCAAAGUGCGUAAUGAGCGCAACAAAGCCCGCGAUGAGUCAAAACAACUCCGCACCAAGUUAGACAUGGCCCUAAAAGACAGCAACAUCUACAAGAAAGAAAAACAAGAUGUAGAGUUGCAAAAUGAUCAUCUUAAGAAAGAAAUUGAAAAGAUUCACAUUCUUCUACUCAAGCAUGCUGGACAAUUUGAUACUCAGAUAUUUGAGGCACUUGGUGAAGAAUUCAGUAGUACUAUCAAGGUGAAUGGUAUUGAUUGUGAUAGCACUACAGAAGAACAAAAGAACAGGUCAAUUCUAGCUGAAGAAUAUGUGCUGCAUGGAGCUGUACCAAAGCAAGUUGAUAAUGAUGAGAAGAAUUCAAUUACAUCCAAAUCACACUCUGAUGAGUAUGAUGAAGAGUAUUUAAUGCAGAAGAUGUCUAUGUUGCAACUAAGAUUGGAUGAAACCAAUAAGACACUUCAGAGUGAAAGAGAUGAUAAAGCACAAAUGCAUCACACACUUGAAAGGCUGGGAAGUGAAGUCCAAGAAUUGAAAGAAAAACUGGAAGAAUGUCGUGAGGCACGACAGGAAGCUGUCCGCGAAAUGCUCACCCUGCAAGAUACCCAUCAGGAGGAAAUUCGAUUGUUGAAGUGUGAUCUUCAAGACGAAACAAACACCCGCGAUGGUAUGGAUAGACGUAUAAAUGAUCUACGUGCAGAGUUGGAGCGUCUGCAAGCUGAAAACGCCGCCGAAUGGGGCAAACGCGAACGUCUCGAAACCGAAAAACUUACACUAGAACGCGAAAACAAAAAACUUCGCGCUGAAUUGCGUGAUAUUCAAGAACGCAUCGAACGCAAGGGCAGACCAAUCACGAACUCAGACGCUGAAUUCCGUCACCUACAGUCUGAAUUAGUCGAUAGAAAUAAAGAAAUAGUCGAGUAUAAGCACGCACAGAGUAAGUUAAAGAAACUGCUACAAGAAAGGAUUACAGAAAACGCGCACGCAGCACGUCGCGCUGAACAAUACGAAACCGACGUGAAAAAGCUGCGUGCUAGAGUCGAAGAACUUAAACGAGAUCUGGCACUAGCUGAAGAUGAAAUCGACGUGACUAGCAAUGCGAUGCGAAAGCUACAACGCACCAAUGAUGAGCUUCAGGAGCAGGUGGAUAACUGUCAUGUGCAACUUCAACAUUUAAACUCAAGCGAUGAAAUACUAAAUAACGAAGAUGGCGGUGAGGAAAUGGCGACGCUCGAUGACGACUGCGUAAGUAACUUUGGUUGCGGUUAAUUUGGUGCGCUUGAAGUUUUACUAUCAUCCUUUUCUUUAUUUCGGAUUGAUUGUAACUCGCAAUUGCGGUGGAUUCUGAUUGUUUAGAUUACGUAACUCUAGCAGUGCCGGCAAUCUGCUGAACGUCUCCUCGACAACGAUGAGCGACGAAGAAGUUAGCAACUUUUAGGAUUCCACUUGUGAUUUGCGGUACCACUUGUGAGGUACGUACUAUUUAUUUAACCACGAAUUAACUAUGAUGUAUAGCUAAAGAAAAAGUAAAAGGACUGAUUUUUGUA